AUGCCGCUACUCACGCUCUGGACUGCCUGCUUGCUGGUGUUUGGCGCUGAUGCCUCCGUGAAUGUCACUUUGAUGAGACGCGAAGAGGCGGAGGUGGAGCUUAAGCCUACCAGCGAACACCUGCCAGACGAAGAUGCGCCGCAGAACCACAAAAAGGAGCACCACAAACAUCGGCACGGAAGAAAGCACCACCAUGGUGUGAGCCACCUCAAGGUGGGUCCGGGCAAGGACAUCCCAGUGUGUGGAGAAGACUACACCUGCGACGAUGCACGAUUGAAAUCAAUGGACAACUCUGCCAAGAAGCAUCUGGCCAUCUACACCUACAACAUCGGAUCUUAUGAGGGCGGCAUGCGGGAGAAGAACGUCCCGUGUGUGCCCCCUAACAUGGAUGCUUUCCUUUUCCUGGAUCACGACACCUGGGAGCGAUCGGAUCAGACAUCCUUCAACACCUGGAAGAAGAGGGGCUGGCAGAUCAAGUCAGUUUCCCUUCAAGCAGGCACGGAGUUUGUGACUGGUGCCAGGUUAACAUCAAAGCUGCUGAAAUUCACGCCGCCCUCGUGGCUGCUGAAUGGGCAGUGGGAUUGGCUGGUGACCUUUGAUGGAAACGUAGUGCUCGACCUGCUUCGGGUAGGCCCAUUUCUGGAGAAGUACUCCUUGAAGCCCCUUCUCCUUCUGGAUUGGAGCUAUCAUGAGAGCUGUGGCGAAGAUGGCUUUAACUGCUUCAGCCGCGAGUUGAAGUCGAUGCUGAACAAGCGCCGAGAGUACAUCGAGGACUCCAGGGAGAACAUAGUUGCCUGGGAUGAGAAGCUGACGAAGGAGCAUGAAGGCCAAGUGCCCGGCACGCGGAAGUAUUCUCCGCCCUUUUACUGCGAGACCCGGAUCAUCUUCCGGAACCUUCGCCACGCAAGGUCUGUCGACGUGUCGCAGGCUUUUGGGCGCACCUAUGAGAAGUGCCACGAGAUUCAGAGGGAUCAGUUCUUGCUUCCCUACUACUUGUGGCACGCCAACCUCAGCUUUGAUGCAGAGGCCUUUCCUAUGAACUUUCUCGCAGAUUCCGUGGGGAUGUGCAUGGUCAAAACACGGCAGGGACGUAACUGA